AAACCACUUUUCUAAGAAAAAACCCCGAAAUUCCUUUCUUUUACUCCCCAAAAUUCCCCCUUUUCAGCUAGGAUUUCACAAACCCAUCAUCGCUGCUGCUCACCAUGCCGAACGGAGAGGAGGACUCACGACGAGCCACAAGGUGGAUCCGGUAAGACUCUCUUCUCCUCUCUUUUUUUUUUAUUUUUAUUUUUGCCUACUUUCGUUUAAUAGAUUUGUAAACAAAAAUAAAAAGAAAUAAAAAAGAAACUAAAGAACAAAAUGAAAACCAAGAGAAUACGAUCGAAAAUCAACCUUUUUUUUUUUUUUUUAUUUCAAAAAUCCUCGGUACAAGAAUGGGGAUCCUUCCUUUUACAAUUUCUUUCGACCUCUAUUUUUAGCCAAAAAAAUCAGAUAGAAUCCAAAAAAAUCCCCCUCCCCCGUUUUAAUGAACAUAAGGCUUUUAUAUAGCCCAAAAUCCAAAGAAAAAAAAUACAAAUAAUUUCAUUUUUUGGUGUUUUUCUUUGCUGUCCUUUUUUGUCUUCUUUUGCAGGCAUAGAGUGGUGGAGGCAAGUGGGUGUGCUGGUGGCAGACAACUGGUAGUGGCGGGCCAAGGUGGGGCGGCGGCUAAGGACAAUGAAACCAGCCUAAGGUACAUUGGCAUGGAUUUUUGUUAGAUGUAAGAGCCACACAAACAUGCAAUGUGAACCACCAAGUUUGAGAUUUUUGCUCCCAAUAAGCACAACAAGUGGAGGCAAAGGGGCUUUGAUAUCAGAUUCUGGUUGCCACAUGGCAAAGCACUAGCCAAUUGGGCAUCCACUCUCCUAUCCAUUAUGAUAAACCCCCCGGGAUACAUUUAACAGAUUUCAAUAUCCUUGUCUGCCACAAAAACCCCCUCAAUUCCCCCACCUCAUUGUAGGCAAAAUGGCCACUGUUUGUGCUUCUUCUGCCGUUACAGCCGUUGCCAUCUCAUCCCCCAGUUCCCAGAGGAGUGGAUCAGUAGUGAGGACAACAAAGGCUUCUUUCCUUACAGGGAAGAAACUUCGAUCAGUCAAAAAGUACACAAAACCAGCAGCAGUCCGAACCGUUCCGGUGUGUGCAGUGGCUGACCCCGACCGACCUCUUUGGUUCCCAGGCAGUACUCCUCCUCCAUGGCUCGAUGGCAGCCUCCCUGGAGACUUCGGUUUUGAUCCUCUAGGCCUUGGAUCAGACCCUGAGACCUUGAGAUGGAACGUACAGGCAGAGCUCGUCCAUUGCAGAUGGGCAAUGUUAGGAGCCGCUGGGAUUUUCAUCCCAGAGUUCCUAACCAAAAUUGGCAUUUUAAACACUCCAUCAUGGUACUCUGCUGGAACCGAGGAAUACUUCACUGACACCACCACCCUCUUCAUCGUUGAGCUUAUUUUCAUCGGGUGGGCAGAAGGGAGAAGAUGGGCUGACAUUCUCAAGCCUGGGUGCGUAAACACUGACCCCAUCUUCCCUAACAACAAGCUCACGGGCACCGAUGUUGGGUACCCUGGUGGGCUGUGGUUCGACCCUCUAGGUUGGGGAACUGGUUCCCCUGAGAAGAUCAAGGAGUUGAGGACUAAAGAGAUCAAGAAUGGUCGAUUGGCUAUGUUGGCGGUAAUGGGUGCUUGGUUCCAACACAUCUAUACUGGCACUGGACCCAUUGACAACCUUUUCGACCACCUCGCCGAUCCUGGUCACGCCACCAUUUUUGCUGCUUUCACUCCCAAGUGAGACACAAUUAAGAGACAACCUUUAAGAGCGAUUAAAAUGUUGGGAUGACAACGAUGAUCAUACCAUUCCUUACGUCGGAAGAAGAGCGGAAGACUUGUAAUGUUGUGGGGGAAUGUUUGUAUUAGUAGAAACUGUAAUGCCUCUUUUUGUAUUGUAGAUGUUAUAGUGAUGAACAAAUAUUUGUGUGGAAUUAGAUGCAAUGAAUUUUAUUUAUUCAGGUUUAUAAACAUUUAUGAA